GUAUGUUGUUAUUGUGCCAAUUUUAUUCAAACUUAUGCGCGCACUAUACGAUUGGCUAACGACACCGACACUGUGGCAAUUUAUUUUUGCUUUGUGUUGCUCUUCUUUGCAGGACAAGCAUGCGUGUCCUGCCGCUACCUCAGGAAGGCCCUGCUGACUCGAUGCGCAAGGGUAAAGCGGUCAGUUGAAAAGAAUCUGCUCAGUACAGCACAGAAACUGCGUUCAGCACGGCAAAAGAACCGAAGGCUGUCAUCACGACUGAGUAACCUGAAGGAUGAGCUUUGCAAGAUGCAAGAAAAAAAUGCUUCUAAGCCUAUGGAAGUACUUGAGGCAGAGAUCUCGGCACUCAAUCCAAAACAACAAGAAUGUGUCCGGCAAUGUUUCUUGGCAGCGAAAAACAAAAGCAGCAAGGGAAACGUGUAUACAAAGGCUUGGAUUCUGGAGUGCAUCUUAAUGAAAAUGAGGGGUGCAAAAUUAUAUGAACACCUCCGAAAGCACAACAUUAUUUGCCUACCAAGCAAGAGUACGCUCAAGCGCUAUUUGCGGGCAUAUAAAACCUCAUUUGGGUUCAGCCACAAAGUACUGUGUGAACUGAAGAAAAAGACGCGACACAUCAGUAGCUUCAAACUGCGCGGCGGCCUUCUGGUUGACGAGAUUAAAUUGUCCGAGCACCUGAAUGUGACAUCUUCAGGCCGUAUUGAGGGCUUCGUUGACCUGGGCCCUUUUACAGCUGAAGGGCAGAAUGUUCCCUGUGACCAUGGGAUGGUGGUAAUGUUUGUCCCGUUUGCUGCCAAGUGGACGCAGGUUAUUGGCACCUUUGCUACAAGUGGCAAUGCCAAGGCUGAAGUGCUUGCGAAAAUACUUAUAGAAGCCACAAUUCUCGCCGAAGCUAGUGGACUUCUCGUCGAUUUCAUCACUUGCGACGGUGCAUCAUGGAAUCGACGUAUGUGGAACAUCUUAGGAAUUGGCGUCAAGAAUGGGAAGAUAACGUGCAGCCGAGAACACCCUGUGGACCCUUCUAGACGGCUGUUUUUCUUGUCGGAUUUUCCGCAUUUAUUGAAAUGCCUGAGGAACUCGCUUCUGAAAGGUCCUCUGAACACCCCAGAUGGCAUGGUUUCCAUCCAGCCUGUAAGGCAGGCCUUCAAGCUCGACUCGAGCCAGCUCACCCUGAAAGCAAUGCCUGGCUUGACAUCGGCGCACCUUCAGCCAAAUGGGUUUGAAAAAAUGAGGGUGACAUUUGCUUUCCAACUUUUUGGGAAUCGUGUGAUCAACGGUCUUCACUUCUACAAGGAGAAGUUGGAAUCAUCCUGGGGCAACAUUGACGCUACUAUAUCAUUCUUCAGGUAGGGCAAACAUCAUUUAGAAGCAACUACUUCUCGAUAAUUAGCUUGACGGGCACUAAGAAAUAGCACCGAUAGGAGUAGCCUUUGUUUAGAGCUGCGUGACAUAUUGAAUUGCUCUGUUCACUUCUUACUUUUCACACCCUUGCUCCUUUGAUGCUGCAUUGCAACAGCAACAUAAUUUGGUCGUUGUGCAUUUGUGUGCUAAAGUUUAUUUAUUUUUUUUUUCAGAACUGUCAACUGCCUCAUCAGGACCAUGACAUCCCGUUUCACUGCACAAGCACUGCGUCGAGGCUCUAACAGUGCACAGAUAAUUAAGGA